AAAAAAAACAGUCAUGACUCUUCUCUACUGAGCACUGCUCUCUCGAAUGCUCUCUCAGAGCAACGCACGGCUUAGGGUUCCUGUCUCAAAAGUGUGAAGAAAUGGCGGACAAAAAUCAUCGCCCAUCAGCAAUCCAAAUGAUCUAUGGGCAGUCUUCACCCAGUAGAUUCUUUGCAUAUGCCCAGGCAAGGAACAAUGGAAUCCAUAACUUUGCAGGCACUUUCUAUAAUGGAAACCUUCAAAGUAUAUUGCUGCGACCAAACCGAGGAAAUAACGGAGCGAUUGCUCUUUCUUUGCAUUCGCCACUUUCCCCUGUCAACGCUUAUGCUCCUAAGGAGAAAGGAGUCACUGGAUUUCUUAUAGAUUUCUUGAUGGGAGGAGUUUCUGCUGCUGUUUCAAAAACAGCAGCUGCUCCAAUUGAACGAGUUAAGCUCUUAAUUCAGAACCAGGACGAAAUGAUCAAGGCUGGUCGUCUCUCAGAGCCUUAUAAAGGAAUUGGAGACUGUUUUGCCCGAACAGUCAAGGAUGAAGGCUUCCUUUCAUUAUGGCGAGGAAAUACUGCGAAUGUCAUUCGUUAUUUUCCCACUCAGGCCCUUAACUUUGCUUUUAAGGAUUACUUCAAGAAAAUGUUCAACUUCAAAAAAGAUAAGGAUGGUUACUGGAAGUGGUUUGCUGGUAACUUGGCAUCUGGAGGUGCAGCUGGAGCCUCUUCUCUGUUGUUUGUGUAUUCUCUGGAUUAUGCUAGGACUCGACUAGCCAAUGACGCAAAGGCAGCAAAGAAGGGAGGUGAAAGGCAAUUCAACGGUCUGGUUGAUGUUUACAAGAAAACCCUGAAAUCUGAUGGUAUUGCUGGACUGUAUCGAGGCUUUAAUAUCUCCUGUGUUGGUAUCAUUGUCUAUCGGGGACUCUACUUUGGGAUGUAUGAUUCGCUGAAGCCAGUUGUACUGGUUGGUUCCCUAGAGGAUAAUUUCCUCGCCAGUUUCUUACUGGGAUGGGGCAUAACAAUAGGAGCUGGUCUUGCUUCCUACCCCAUCGAUACUGUUCGUAGAAGGAUGAUGAUGACUUCCGGUGAGGCUGUCAAGUACAAUAGCUCGAUGGAUGCAUUCAAACAGAUUAUAGCGAAGGAAGGUGCCAAAUCUCUCUUCAAGGGUGCCGGUGCUAACAUCUUGCGUGCAGUUGCAGGUGCCGGUGUCCUUGCGUCCUAUGAUAAGCUGCAGUUGAUAUUCUUCGGCAAGAAAUAUGGGUCUGGUGGCGGUUAAUUGUGCUUCACUAGUUGGGCCAGUCAGGGUCUAGGGUUUGAUGAUGAUGAUAAAUCCAAAUAAGGUAGUUAUCAUGAGUACAUAUGGGUUUUAGUUUGAAAUAUUGCUAGCGGUUGAAUGUUGUGCAGAACUCAAAUGGUGUUGCCUGUUAUCUGAAACAGUAGUGUUUUUUUUUUCGUUUGAGCUUAGUAACUUGGUCGAGAUGUGUUAUAUGUCCGUUUGUUGGACUGCUAAAAAGCAUUUGGUCAGACCUAUAUUUCAGAGGUUUUCGCCGAAGACCUAUAGUUGUGAGCCAUCUUUAAUAAUACCUCCGAAGACCUAUAGUUUGCAAGCUCUUGGAUCUUUCGAAUGAA